UGUUUAUAUUUAUGUGAGUGACAUGUGUAUCCUUUUUGGAUUAUCGUAAAUAUUUAACCGCAAAUAAUUUACAUGUCCACAUAUAUUGAUGCAGUUAUUAUCAAAUUAUCUAUACCAUAACUAUCCAGGGAAAACAGGAACCCAGAAGCCAGAAAAAACAAACAAUAGCAAGAAUGUGACAGAUACAUAACCACAAACGUCAUAAGCAAUAUCAGACCAAUUGAAAAAUUUUAAAACGUGUACCAAUUCGUGAUAAUUAGAAUAUGUUAAUUAUUAAGUUCAAUUGCAAGUCAUGCUGAAAUAGUUUUUAAAACAAUAUUAAUUUUCAUACUAACAAAUGUGCAUUUCAGUAAUAUGAUAUUAAUGAUAGAAAGUGGGUCUCAGUCAAUUAAAAUGGUGUACUUGGUUGUGAAAGUGAAUUUGAACACACUUUGAAUUAAAGUUGAAAAAAGAACCUUACUUUAAUGGAUCAGGAAUACAGUAAAACUUGUGAUUCAAAUUUAAAUAAAAUGUCUGGUGAUAGAGUAAUAAAAGUAGGCUCCCGAAAGAGUGAGCUUGCCUUAAUCCAAACGAACCACGUUAUUUCACUUUUAAAAGAAAUACAUCCUACGUACAACUUUGAAAUAGUUACUAUGAGUACACUAGGUGAUAAUGUACUCGACAUUCCGUUGCCAAAAAUUGGCGAGAAAGCAUUAUUUACAAAAGAGCUCGAAACUGCCCUUUCAAUUGGUACUGUUGAUUUUGUUGUUCAUUCUUUAAAGGAUCUUCCUACUGUUUUACCAGAUGAAAUGGCUAUUGGGGCUGUUUUAACUAGGGAAGAUCCCAGGGAUGCAUUGGUUCUUCAUCAAAACUUUAAAGAGCAUUCAUUACAUACAUUGCCUAAGGGAAGUGUCAUUGGCACAUCAAGUUUAAGAAGAACAGCUCAACUUGCUAGAAAAUAUCCUGAUCUUAUAGUAAAAAGCAUUAGAGGAAAUUUAAAUACUAGGCUACGCAAAUUAGACCAACAAGGGAUUUUUCAAGCUUUAAUUUUAGCAACUGCAGGUUUAAUUAGGAUGGGUUGGGACAGGCGAAUUUCGAAAGUUCUCGAUACUAACGAAUUAUUGUAUGCAGUGGGUCAAGGUGCGUUGGGUAUAGAAUGCAGAGCUGAUAAUGAAGAAAUUUUAAAUCUACUUAAGCCUCUUUACGACGUAGAGACAGCACUUUGUGUAAUUGCUGAAAGAAGCUUCCUGAAGACUUUAGAGGGAGGUUGUAGCGCUCCGGUUGCUGUCGAAUCGCAACUAAAGAAAUUAAAUUGUCACAAGAUCAACUUAAACUUAACAGGAGCUGUAUGGUCAUUAGAUGGUGUUGAACAGCUUAAAGAAGAUGAUAACGCCUCAAUAGAAAUGAAUAAGGAGUCUACAGAAACGACUAACAUUUCAAAAUGCGCUAGAUGUUCUUAUAAUUAUAGGAAUCGUCAGGGUUGCAGCAAAACCAUUAUAGAUGAGCUAGUUCCAAUUAAGUGCCCUGUAAAUGACACACCAAAAGACCAAGUAAAUGAUAACGAGAACCGUGGAGGAUGCAGUAAAAUGAUAAAAGAUGAAUUGGUUUCAAUUAAUUCCAGGAAGGAUAUAUCAAAAGAUCAAACAGAUAGUAAUGUAAAAAUGAAUUCCAUCACCAAGAGUGUAAUCAAGAAUACAAUUGAUGAAAAAUCUGAUUCUACAGAAGACCUUAUUCCAGCAAAGAAGCUAAAAAUUGAAAUUAAAGAUAAAGAUAUUAAACAAAAUGAUUUAAUCAGCAUUUCAGUUGAAGACCCUCAUGAAAAUUGCCCAGUAGAAAUACCUAUUGGUGCUGAUUUCAUGGGAAAAUGUCCAUUUUUGGAAUUGUAUAACAAUGAUCGCAACAUUUGCGCUGAUAUUGAAAAUUGUAACCAACUUAUAAAAAAUUGUCCCUUUUUUAAAGAAAAGGGAUUAAAAAAUAACAGUAAUGACGAAGAAAGUACAUCUACAGGAAGUGGCGAAGGCAAUUUGUACGUUGGAUUGGUACCUCAUCCAGAUAUUCCAAAAAAAGCAUUAAAUGAAGCAUUGGCUUUGGGUAAACGGUUAGCCCUUAAUUUAAUGGGGAAAGGUGCUGUAGAGAUUAUGGCAAAAGCUCAUGCACAAAUUAGAAAUAGUAGUUGAUUUUUUUUUACUUCUAUAAGAGAUUUUAUGGGUGUUAAAUCAUUUAUUAAAAAAAAAGAAAAUAUAAUAUAUGAAUGCCAUUUUUGUGUUUUAAUUAAAAUAGUAUCACAUCACAUGUGGUCGAUAUUCGACUAUUAUUUAUUUUAUCCAACAUAAAUAGAAAGAAUAGUAUUGCAUCGGCCAGGAAUAGAACCCGGACUGAAUGUUAAAAAACUUUUCAGAUGAUAUUUGAAAGUCUUUUUUUUUCCGUAUUAGAACAA